AUGCCUGAAGGUCAACCAAAUGAAUGGAGAAUAUUAUCUCCAUCUCAAAUAUCACUUAAUAUCUAUUCACCAGAUUCAAUGACGAAUAAUAGUUCAUCUUCGGUAUUAACAAAAGAGGAAUGUAUAUUGAAAAUUUGUGAUAUUCUUGAAUUAGAUGAUUCUGAGGAAUCAAAACAAAUCGUGGAAAAAUCAAUGACUGAUGGAAGACAGGCUUUACGUGAUCAUGAUCAAGAUCUUUCACCACAAACACUUCGUGAAGAAGUUGAUGCAAGCCAAAGCGAAGUUUUAAAAUUCUUAAAAUGUUAUAUUGAACAAGAAUGGUACAGAAAUACUCCCGAAUGGUUUCAACAAUAUCUUCGACAACAAAAGAAAACCUCAUCUGAUAUCUAUGAUCAAAUUCUAACACGAACAGCUGACUAUGGAUCAAAGUUUCUCAAAGAAAAUACUUUAUUAUCUUUAGUUAUUCAGUUUCUAUUUGAAUUUGAUGAUAAACGUCUUCAUGAAACACCAACUAUCGAUGAAAUAUGGGAAACAUUAAUAACUUACGGUCGUGAUGAAAGUCCAUUAUAUUUAGCUUUACAAGAUUAUUAUUGUAAAUCAUUGAAAACUUUAUUUGAAGAUCCUGAUAUUGGCAUUCGGCCAGCUAAUACAAUUAAAAUAGCUUUAACUUGUGUUGCUAAUAAUGGAUGGUGGAAAGGAUUACAUAAUAAACAAUUUGUAGAUAAAAUAGCACCAAAAAAGUUUAAAAAAUUAAUAGAUUACUUAAAACAAAACAAAUUACCCAUACCUGCUGAUGUAUUAUCUAAUAUUAACUCAACAAACUCACCACUUUUUAAUUCAUCAUCACUAUUAUCAUCAGUAUCAUCACAACCAAGUACAACAAUUACAUCAACUUUUUCAUCAAAUCAAAGUUCAAAUAAUUCACAUAUUGAAACAAUAUCUUCAAGUUUAAAUAAAAUACAGCUAAACUCAGAGAUAAAAACAAAUAUGGAUGAAGAAUCAAGAAAUGAUGAAUGUAAAAUAAUUAUGAAAUGUAUCAAUGAAGAUGCUAAAUUAAAAUUAUCUCAUUUAGUUGGUGCUGGAGAAUUAGUGUAUAUUGAUAAAAAAUUGAAUGAUGUUUUAUAUAAGAUUAUUAAUGAUUAUGCUUCUCAAAAAAGCUUUUCCUUGUUUAUUAAUAAUUGUCUUAUACCAAUAAUGUAUCUGUUAAAAAGACAGCAAAAUCUUGAUGAUUUUAUUGAAUGUUUAUUGCAAAAAUAUGACGAAUUACAAUCAUCAUCAUUAAAACCAACUAAAUUAAGUUUAAGAAUGCUGAUUGAUAUAUUAUUACUUAAU